AUGGAGGAUUUUGUAAUUUUGAGAUUGGCAUCAGGAAGUAGAUUUGGCCAAUUUUCAAUACGUCGUCUGGGGGCCAUUUUCGGUGGCAGAGAAUUGAUGUACAUGGUGUCGGAGCUGCAAAUGCAGUUUCGGUUGAGGGAGAGGACUUCCGCCGCCGUAUUACGCACUGGAAUUCUUGCAGUAGCCCAUCUAAGUGCACCACCUUGGCUGACGGCGAAUCCACGCCACCACGCCUUGAGAUCAGGUGAGAUGAAGCACGAAUGCCCAUUGAUAUAUACUGUGUACACAAGCCCUUGUUUGAGAAUCUGUUCCUUCCCUCACUCUAAUAUGCUAUUGACUUCCUCGUGUGAUCUCCAAUGCAAUACAUAG